AUGGACUCGCAGUUCAUCCCGAAGGCCAUUGACAUGGUCAAGGACGCCAUCGCCGCCGACAACAACCAGGACUACGAGACAGCCCUUGGACUGUACAAGAAAUCGCUGGAAUACUUCAUGACCGGCCUGAAGUACGAGCCGAACCCCAUGGCCAAGGCAACCAUCAUGAAGCGAGUAGAGGGCUACAUGAAGCGGGCCGAGAUCCUCAAGGAGAUCGUGGACGAACAGGCCGCCGCUAAGAACGGCAUGGGCAAGGGCGGGGGCGGGGGAGGGGGCGCCGCGACAGCGUCUGCGGCGGACAAGAAGCAGGACGGGGGGGGCGACGAAGAGCAGAAGAAGCUGCGGGGCGCCCUGGCGGGAGCCAUCGUUUCGGAGAAGCCCAACGUCAAGUGGAGCGACGUGGCCGGGUUGGAACAGGCGAAGAGCACGCUCAAGGAAGCGGUCAUUUUGCCUGCGAAAUUUCCGCAGCUUUUUACCGGGAAGCGAAGGCCGUGGAAGGGCAUCUUGCUUUACGGGCCUCCCGGGACGGGUAAGUCUUACCUCGCCAAGGCGGUGGCGACGGAGUCGGACGCUGUUUUUUUUGCCGUGUCGUCGUCGGACCUGGUCAGCAAAUGGCAGGGAGAGUCUGAGAAGUUGGUCCGCAACCUGUUUGAGCUGGCCCGCGAGCACGAGCGGUCGAUCAUCUUCAUCGACGAGGUGGACUCUAUGUGCGGGAGCCGAUCGGAGGGGGAGAACGAUUCGGCGAGAAGGAUCAAGACGGAGUUCCUGGUGCAGAUGCAGGGGGUGGGGAACACGCACGACGGGAUUCUCGUGCUCGGCGCUACGAACGUCCCCUGGGAACUCGACCCGGCCAUGCGUCGUCGUUUCGAGAAGAGGAUUUACAUCCCCCUCCCAGAGCCCGAGGCUAGAUCGAUCAUGUUCAAGCUACACCUUGGCGACACGGCCAACACUCUCACCGAUCAAAAUUUUGACGCGCUGGGAGACGAGGCGAAAGGGUGCUCCGGUUCGGACAUUUCUGUCAUCACUCGCGAGGCGCUGAUGGAGCCGCUACGGAAAUGCCAGAUGGCUAAGCAAUUCGUACCCACAAAGGACAACAUGCUCAUCCCCGCGGAGAAGUACCCGAACUGCCCAUACUGUCCGCAAGACCUCACCACCCGGCCAGCCAAGUUGGGGGAGGUCUGCCCCACCUGUAAAGCGAUACGCACCAGUCUUUACGAGGUUGCCACGGAGAAGCUUUUGGUCCCGGACGUGUGCUACGACGACUUCCUCAAGGCGUUAACCAAGUCUGGGAGCUCGGUAUCGGAGGAGGAGCUCACGCGUUUCGUCCAGUGGACCGAGGACUUCGGGCAGGAGGGGUAACCGGGCAGGACGCUGACCUUGCCUGUUGAUUGUUAAUUGUUGUGUCAUGCUUAGUUAUGGUUCAUUUCGUGUAGACUUUGUAUCGGGGUCCGUUGACCUGCCUUGGAGGGGUAGGGUUGGACACGACGAGGGAAAAUAGGCCAUGAGUGGGGAGGCAGGAGGUGCUCUCUUCGAGCUGUCUUUGUGCUCUCUUCAAGCUGUCUUUGUUGUCAAACUUGUUGUGAGGCGCGGACGAAAAAGUAACGUCGACGACCACUAGCUUCGUGUGUUCGGCCCGACUGUUGUUGCGGGCAUCUGCGGGCAGAAUUAAUGCUCAGUCAGCCUGAACGCCAAGCCUUGGUCUGUUCCUGCUCUACCCUUGCACCUUGGGCAGUAGGGACGACGGAAACAAAACAAAAGGUAUUGUGAUGCUGUGAUACACCACCCACCGCCCCUUCUUGGUGUUGGUACAGUACGUGGCAAGAACGAGAUAAUAAACAAAGCAGUCCCAACGUGAGACAGCUGUGGCGGUACGCCCUAUGCAUGUAAGCGAAAAAGCUUUGCUGGUGUUGGGCAUGGAGAAGGAGGGGGUGAGGGCGGCUGCAUUAUUGUUGGAGGAGGUCUGUGGACAUGAUGUGCGAUGUUGUGUACGCAUUUGCUCUGAGCUCGCUGCGUGGUUGUCUGUCGCGCCUUAAGAAGCGGUUCGUUUGGCUGCCUAUCAGCGUAUUUCGUGUAUUUUGGGUCGUGCGCGGAGAGUUUUUGACGCGGGUGUUCCAUCAUUCCUCCUGUGAUGCGCGCACGUUUUUUGUGUAUAUCAGUGCGAUCCGCUCGAGCACUGCAAGUUUUCAUGCGCCCUACAGCAUACACGUAGGCAAUGAAUGAUGGACAGCUAGUUAGUGGCAUCGUCAUCACAGCAGCAGUAGUGGUACUCCGUCUAAUCCAAUU